AUGCAAUCAAAUAAGCAAGGUGAUUGCCCUAUGUUCAGGUUGUCAAUCUUGUCAGUGAUUUUCUGUUUACACCAGGUCAACUUUUGACAGCUCUGCUUUUGAUUUAUAAGGCCAGAUACAUCAGUCUACCAGGCCAGAUACAUCAGUCUACCAGGAUAGGAAUAAAUAUUAAAAGGGUCUUACUCUUAUAUUCCUAGAUGCUUUGCUGGCGGACUUGGAGUCGACGACCUCCCACAUCUCCAAGCGGCCAGUGUUUCCGCCGGACGAGUCGCCCUACUCUUUCCCCACGGGAGGACAGGCCCCUCCCCCUGUACCACCACCUCCCUCUGCUGAGGCCCUGAACGGAACCUUGCUUGACCCCCUAGAUUCCACCCCCUUGUCCACACAGGUACAUACACAUAUAUACAUAUUUGUGUUCCCAUACACACGCACAAGGCUGGUGUGGGUUCAGGCUUUUGCUCAAGUUUGUAACAGAUCUGAUUCAACUAAUAAAGGCUUGGUGAAGACUAUGAUUGGUUGAGCAAAAGCCUGUGCCCACAUGACACAUUGAGAAUAAAGUUGUACACCCCUGACAUACACCCAUUUACCACAUUACCCAUCUAGAACACUCCUACUACACUUCUAAAGAUGGACCUAUCCUUUCUUAGUCCUACAGCCCUGCACAGAAAAGCUUGUGGUCCAGGGACAGCAGUAGCCCCCCCUUACCCCGAAGCGAAGAGGACCACGUCUACAGGUAAUAAUGAUCAUCAUUAACAAUACACUUUGUAUGUAGCUACACAGGACAAAAUUAACAUCAUAUGUCUGUUACUGAUGUGUGUCUCUCUCUGUUGGUUCUUGCAGCUUCCCCAACAAGCAGAAGAGUACGGAGGCUGCCAUGAGCUCCUCCCUGGGCUGCAACCUGUCGGAGCUGGACCGGCUGCUUUUAGAGCUCAACGCCGUGCAGCACAACACGCCCUCCUUUCCCACUGAGGGUACGCUACACCAUUAUGUGUGCAUCCCAAAUGGCACCCUAUUCCCUAUUAUAGUGCACUGCUUUUGACCAGGGCCCACACGUAGAAAACCCUAUUUGGUACAUAAAAGCAUUUAACAGUCACUGUCUUUUGACCGUUGCAGUUGUUGAAACCUGGCAAUAUGUAAAUGUUUAUUUUUAUCCUCCUGUGUUGCAGAAGAGUCAGCCCCGCCCCUCCCCUCCAGCAGCACCACCCAUUAUGUGCAGGCGAACGGGGUUUUGGGGGCCGGCAAGGUGCCUCGCCCCACCAUGGAGAAGCCCAAACGCAGUGUGGCCACCAGGGUCAUCGAAGACGUGCGCCCCAGCGCCAAGAGCCUCCUGGACAAGCUAGAAAGUUCUGUGCCCUCUCCCAUGUAAGGAUUAGAGCUGGUCAAAAACGUUGCCAUCACCAUAAAUGGGGGACAAUUGACCGCAAAGCAAUGGCACUGCACCUCAAGUUCCGGAAGACCGUUUAAUCUUACUCACAGAUCGUGCUAUGUCCUUUUGUGUUUUUCAUGUUUGACUUUGGUCAUUUUACGCUCAUUAUUAUGACCUAAUGUUUGUUUAUUUGAUCUCUAGCCCUACCCCAUUGGUGGAGGAGGAGACGCCCUCCCAGCUGCAGGCCAGAAUCUCAGCCUCCUCCGCCACGCGGGAGCUUGACGAGCUCAUGGCCUCGCUGUCCGACUUCAAAGUCCAGAGCAACGUGAGUUUUACAGAAAGAUUGUUACGAGGGUGGGUGGAUGAGAAAGAGACCGGUGAGUGUGGUAUUUGGUAUUUUUUUAGGAUCCCCAUUAGCUGUUGCGAAAGCAGCAGCUACUCUUCCUGUGGUCCACAGAAAACAUAAAACAUGCAUUAUUCAGAACAUCAAUAGACAAGAACAGCUCAAGGACAGAACUACAUAAAUGUUCAAACGGCACACACAGCCUACAUAUCAAUACAUGCACACAAAAUAUCUAGGAUGGAUGGAUGGGGGGUGGGUGUCAGGGUGGGUGGGGUGAAAGAUGAGAAAGAGUACUAUGCAGGUACAGAUUGGGUGAAGUAACUUAGGGUGAAAUGUGCAUUCAAAUAAAUAUAUUGAUUAGAAACCGGGUGGUGGAAAGUCAACUGAGGUUGCUUUAAAAAGGUAGGUUGUAAAUGUAUAUUUAUUUUUGGCAUUGAUGUGGGGGUUCUUCACACAGGUAGAAUCCUGUGGUCUAGAAUGUAAUGUACAUUGGGUCGGGCAGUUACUAUCAUUUACCUUAUCGAUCCCACAAUACAACAAGUUAUUUACUCUAACCAGGUUUCCAACCUUUUUAUGUGAGUGAAGUACAUGUCGGAUAUUUUUUUUAAAUGACAGGCGUGAUGGAAACUGCUAAUUUUGUCUGUAAACUUUCCAAAUGUCGACAAAACAAAAUACGCUUCACAAAGUGGGAUCUUUUUGUGUCUGUAAAAUGUAUUAUGCGAGAAAUGGUGGUGGAAACACCUUUAUGCGCAAAUAUUGAUAGAAUAGCAUCAUACCGAAGUAAAGUGCAUUCGGAAAGUAUUCAGACCCCUUGACUUUUCCACAUUUUGUAACGUUACAGCCUUAUUCUAAAAUGGAUUUAAUAGUUUUUUACCCUCAUCAAUCUACACAUAGUACCCCAUAAUGACAAAGCAAAAACAUUUUUAUUUUUAUUUAUUUUUUGCAAAUGUAUUCAGGUUGGAUGGGGAGCGUCGCUGUGUGCUUAGGGUCGUUGUCCUAUUGGAAGGUGAACCUUCACCCCAGUCUGAGGUCCUGAGCGCUCUGGAGCAGGUUUUCAUCAAGGAUCUCUCUGUACUUUGCUCCGUUCAUCUUUCCCUCGAUCCUGACUAGUCUCCCAGUCCCUUCCACUGAAAAACAUCCCCACAGGAUGUUGCUGCCAACACCAUGCUUCACCGUAAGGAUGGUGCCAGGUUUCCUCCAGACGUGACGCUUGGCAUUCAGGCCAAAGAGUUCAAUCUUGGUUUCAUCAGACCACAUAAUCUUGUUUCUCAUGGUCUGAGAGUCCGUUAGGUGCCUUUUGGCAAACUCCAAGCGGGCUGUCGUGCUUUUUACUGAGGAGUGGCUUCUGUCUGGCCACUCUACCAUAAAGGCCUGAUUGGUGGAUUUCUGCAGAGAUGGUUGUCCUUCUGGAAGGUUCUCCCAUCUCCACAGAGGAACUCUAGAGCUCUGUCAGAGUGACAAUCGGGUUCUUGGUCACCUCCCUGACCAAGGCCCUUCUCCCCCAAUUGCUCAGUUUGGCCGGGCUGCCAGCUCUAGGAAGAGUCUUGGUUAAAAACUUCCUCAAGUUAAGAAUAAUGGAGGCCACUGUGUUCUUGGGGACCUUCAAUGCUGCAGAAAUUUUUCGGUACCCUUCCCCAGAUCUGUGCUUCGACACAAUCCUGUCUCGGAGCUCUAUGGACAAUUCCUUCGACCUCAUGGCUUGGUUUUUGCUCUGACAUGCACUGUCAACUGUGGGACCUUUAUAUAGACAGGUGUGUGCCUUUUCUAAAUCAUGUCCAAUCAAUUGAAUUUACCACAGAUGGACUCCAAUCAAGUUGUGGAAACAUGUCAAGGAUGAUCAAUGGAAAAAGGAUGCACCUUAGCUCAAUAUUGAGUCUCAUAGCAAAAAGGUCUGAAUAUCUAUGUAAAUAAGGUAUUUCAGUUGCAAAAAUGUCUAAACCUAUUUUCACUUCAUUAUGGGGUAUUGUGUGUAGACUGAGGAAAAACAUUUAUUUAAUACGUAACGUUACAAAAUGUGGGAAAGUCGAGGUCUGAAUACUUUCUGAAUGCACUGUACAUUUGGAGUCACGUGAUGAUAUUUGUGUAGUCCUCCCACUACGACUCAGGAAAUCAGGCAGUUUAUUGGGCUACAGAUGAAUUAUGAUGAACUUCACAGGUUGGUGAAAAGUGCACAGUGAUGAGCUUGAUGCUCCUUUAUAAUAAAUAUUGAGGGUCUUAUUCUGGUGACAUGAUGAUUUGACCCUUGGCUGCUGUUUGACAAAAAAAAUAUCUCUCUUUUCUAUAAUAAUAAUCUCAUCAUGUAGGCUAGCCUACCCACACUGCCAAGACCAGAGUGGGCACAUUUGCUAUUUAACGCAACAGUUUUUGUGACUAACCAAUGAGUUGAAAAUGUGAUAGAAACACACAUUAGAUUUUUAUUCGGUACAUGAAAGCUUAAGCGGAAAGGUACCUUUUGAUUAUUUUAAUUAUUUUAUUAGCACUACGUCAUCACACGCUGCUUUUUAUCCACAACAAGUCAGUUUGGUCGAAACACCACUGGUGGGAAAAUGCGUAUAUUGUCUUUAUGCAGAUUUUAGAAUAUUUGCAUGAAAGUAUGUCUCCAAUUUGGAUGGAAACAUAGCUACUGUGAGGUUUGUAAGUGAGGAAUGUGAAUUAUUUCUAUAUUCAUCACUAUGAUAUAUUAUGCCACUUUUAACAAGGCUUUGUGGAAAUGGUCAUGAUUGACUUGCCAUGAUGCAUGUCUGCCACUGUGGUAACUUCCCAUUCCUACCUCUCCUCAAACCAUUUCUCCUUUUAUUUUUUAUUUUUUUUGUCUCCUAUUAUUACUGUCUUCCAUCUCCAGUCUGGUUCUCAGUUGUCUGUCAAUAUAGAACCUCUACUGCUCAGUCAAGGAUCAGAACCCUCCUCCUUAGAGACAGUCUGCUGCCCCAGUAGUUGUAACCAGAGACCCAACUGGGCCUGUGGAUCUGCAGCUGGAGCCCCCCAGUGA